AUGACACACAUUAACGAGUUGCACAGAGAAGAUUUGACCGGGAAUGACAUCAAGGUUGCUAUCAUCAACACUAGAGUCAAUUGCGUCGGUGAUGGAGCCGAUCCCAUGGAUUGCCAUGGACAUGGCACCAGCAUUGUAGCCGGGUACGACCCAGAGGAUGUGUUCAAAGGCGCAGCCCCGAACGCGACGAUUCACGCCUAUCGCGUCACCACAUGCAAGACGGAAAAAGAUGGCGAGAUAACUGCAGACGUGACAGAGGACAACUUGAUGGCUGGCUGGCUCAAGGCACACAAUGGCGGCGCUCAGAUCAUCGUUUCCUCGGACGGCUUUCAGGGGUCCAGUUAG